CUCACUCACACUUUCGCUCUUUCUCAUUUACCUUCAUUUAUUACCUCCGCCCGACGAUUCAAAAAGCAGAGCGCAUCUUUCGAAAUGAUUACAAAACUAGACAGUGUGCUUUUGCCCCGCAAAAAGUUCAUCUACCAUUACAAGAACAUGCGGUGGGCAAGGGGUCGGCAUGAGACAUACCUCUGCUUUGUUGUAAAGAGACGUGUGGGACCAGACUCCUUGUCAUUUGACUUUGGGCAUCUCCGCAAUCGCAAUGGCUGCCAUGUAGAGGUGCUGUUUCUGCGCUACAUUGGAGCUUUGUGCCCUGGUCUCUGGGGAUGUGGAGGUACUGGAGAGAGGAGGCUCAGCUACUCUAUCACCUGGUUCUGCUCCUGGUCUCCCUGUGCCAACUGUUCCUUCAGACUGGCCCAGUUCCUCAGCCAGACACCCAAUCUCCGUCUCAGGAUCUUUGUCUCCCGCCUUUACUUUUGUGAUUUUGAGGGCACUGACAGCGAGGGCCUGAGGAUGCUGAAAAAAGCAGGCGUGCAGAUCACAGUCAUGACUUACAAAGACUACUUUUACUGCUGGCAGACAUUUGUAGCACGAAAGCAGAGCCACUUCAAGGCCUGGGAAGGACUGCACCAAAACUCUGUUCGACUGGCCAGGAAACUCAAUCGCAUCCUUCAGGUACUGCACAUUGACCACACUUGUUCCCCUUCAUUUAAAGCCACAUCCACUGAUGAGAUAAUAAUAAUUUCUGUCUGUCUUUCUCAGCCUUGUGACACAGAGGAUUUAAGAGAUGCCUUCAAGCUUCUUGGACUGUGAAUCCUACCUGUGACCUCAUCUGUUCUGACUGUGAAGACAUAAUAUAGUCCAUCACUACACCUGCUAAACUGAGAAUGAACUAAAACAUGGCAAGGCGUGUGACGUUAGCUUAUGCAUUUUUCUGUAGCGAUAUCUUGUGAAAUGAAUAAAUAAAUGUUCUUUGUAUUGCUUUUUAUUA